GGCCACAAUUGGUCCUAAAGAUACAAAAGUUUCGCUUUCUCUCUUGGCUUCCAAGGAUGAACUGUCAUACUCAACGCUACUCUUGAGACGACGACGCCCUCGGCCUCUCUUCAGAAGCUGUGGGACGUUCAUCCUCAUCUGUGGCUAUCCUUCUCCGCUACCCCUCCGUGGCAUUCGUCGAUGUUCUCAUUACCAGCAAGACAUACGUCAAUGGCCUCCUACUUAAGGAGCCAUGGUGCUCCUAAUAUCAGUCAAGCGACCCCACCGUUGGGCCAUGGAUCAUCACGCAGAGAUGGGUUGCAAUACGUAUCCGUCUUUCCAAUGAAGUCGUUGACCGACUCGAACGGUGAUCGACGUACAAGUGUCGUGGUAGAACCGUUCGAGCAAGUGACCGAACCGGUGGAGAAGCAGACGCCACCCUCAUCUUCCAAAAUGUCCAGCUGUUGGAGGGAUCCGUUGCACCUGUAUUACAUACGAGGGUUGGGAAACGCUGACUCCGUCAGGCCGGCAGUCCUCCAACGUCUCGCCAAUCGAACUUCGGCCCAAGAUCCUGCCAAGGCCCCAACAUCUUUCGCCACUGAUUUGAGUCUAUCGUGUUUUCCUACGCUUCAACGGACGUGGAUAAGAAUUGAACCAUGGUAUGACAGAGACGAAGGACCAGGACUGGCGAAGUACCUGGCUAUUCUGCACGCUACUCUGCACCUACAAGUACGAGGCACGAGAUGGGUGGUAGCCGUUCGGUUAGGCAUACACGAGAGCAAAGAGGUCGUCGAGUCAAUAACAGAGACGGAACUGUACCCCAAGACCUUCACUUCACCGUGGAUCUCGUCAGUUGCUGCAUCCUGAACUCCCCACAAACGAUGGCACUUACAUCUGUGGAACAAAGUUGCGAGAUGAAGCUGACAUAGACUCUUAGUCGUCACCUUGAAGUCGGCGAGCGAGAGAGAAGAGAGAAAAGUCACAAAGCAUGACUUAGCACCAGAACGACAAGUGCC